AUGAGUUAUUACGGCAGCAACUAUCGGAUUGUGAACAUGGAAGGGAAUGUGCCCAAGUACACUAACUGCCACCCAGAGAACAUUAUAACUGAGAAGCAAAGAGCAAGAAGACGAUUGCUCCACAAAGAUGGAAGUUGCAAUGUGUACUUCAAACAUAUUUUUGGAGAAUGGGGAAGUUAUAUGGUUGAUAUUUUCACCACCCUUGUGGAUACCAAAUGGCGACAUAUGUUUGUGAUAUUCUCUUUAUCUUACAUUCUCUCUUGGCUGAUUUUUGGCUUGAUCUUUUGGGUGAUAGCCCUUCACCAUGGGGAUUUGUUAAAUGAUCCAAAUAUCACACCUUGUGUUGAUAAUGUCCAUACUUUCACAGGAGCAUUUUUAUUCUCCCUUGAAACUCAAACCACUAUAGGCUAUGGCUCUCGCUGUGUAACUGAAGAGUGUUCUGUGGCAGUCCUUGUGGUUAUACUUCAGUCAAUUUUGAGCUGCAUCAUAAACACCUUCAUCAUUGGAGCUGCUUUGGCCAAAAUGGCAACAGCUCGAAAGAGAGCCCAGACCAUCCGAUUCAGUUACUUCGCCCUCAUAGGCAUGAGAGAUGGAAAACUUUGCCUCAUGUGGCGUAUUGGCGACUUUCGACCAAAUCAUGUAGUAGAAGGAACAGUGAGAGCUCAGCUACUGCGAUACGUGGAAGACAGUGAAAGACGUAUGACAAUGGGAUUUAAGGACCUAAAGCUGGUCAAUGACCAGAUCAUCCUUGUGACACCAGUGACCAUUGUCCAUGAAAUUGAUCAUGAAAGCCCUUUGUAUGCUCUUGACCGUAAAGCAGUAGCCAAAGACAACUUCGAGAUUUUGGUGACAUUUACUUAUACAGGGGAUUCCACUGGGACUUCACACCAGUCAAGAAGUUCUUAUGUGCCUCGAGAAAUUCUCUGGGGCCACAGAUUCAAUGAUGUUUUAGAGGUGAAGAAAAAAUACUACAAGGUAAACUGCUUACAGUUUGAGGGAAGUGUUGAAGUAUAUGCUCCCUUCUGCAGUGCCAAGCAAUUGGACUGGAAAGAUCAGCAGCUACACAACCUUGAGAAAACAUCCUCAGGCAAAGGAUCAGGAAUCACUGAAACCAAGGUUAGACGAAGGUCAUUUAGUGCAGUUGCCAUCGUGAGCAGUAGUGAAAAUCCUGAUGAAAUGACCAAGACCGUAGCUGCUGAAAAUAAUGAAACACCUUAUCAGAAAGCUCUUCUGCAACUAAAUAGAAUCUCAGUAGAGUCCCAAAUGUAGCCUGCACUGGCAGUGGCAGUUAUAAGUGGAUUACUCUCUCCACCAAAGUUUUCUCAAGAUAGCCACAAUAAGGCAAGUGGCUUGAAAUGAUCUGAAAAGAGAAUGACAGUCUAGAUUUAGAAAGUCAGUUUUUGUUACUAUAUACCUGGAUAGGGACAAGAAUAGAAGAGGAACAUGAUUAAUAGAAAAUUCAAUAUUCUUUCACAAUCAAAAUGUUUUGAAGUCUAAUAGACAUGUUAUAUUUAGGAAACAAAAUUGACAGUUCUUAACUGCAUCUCCUUUCACUGUCCCUGACCAUUAUCCAGUGAAGGAGCCAUCAAACAGUAAAGUAAUAAUAAUUAGAAUUCAUUUAUAUAGUGCUUUAUGAUUUACAAAGCACUUUCUUAAUAGUAAUCUGGGGAAAAUGGCACAAUUAUUAUACCAAUUUUACAGAAAAAGCUAAGUAUCAGAAAGGCUAAGUGACUUGCC